UGAGUUUGAGCUAGAAGCUGGCUGCUUGAUAUUGAUGUGAAAGUGAAAGCAUAUAAAGUGAAAUUAGUGGGAGAUUUUCUUACCUAAGUACCCAACAGAUUAGGUGAAAGAAGAAAAGUGUGUGCUUUAGUGUUCUCCACUUCUCCUAAUUCAAAGUUUCAAACUAAGCAUAACUGCGUUUAUUGACUGAUCUCCAAAUUCAAUUCCCUUUAGUCAACUAUAUUCGGAGUACUUCUGGAAAUUAAUAUUGUCUCUUGUGCUUAGUUUUCUGAUGCUUCAAUUGUUCAUAUUCAUGUAGUUGGGACCAAGAUUGAGGCUUUGGCUUAGAAAAUGGACAAGAAAAUAGAGUCUUUGUUCAUUUUCUUGAUCAUAUGGACAGUGGUUCAUAUUGUGAGUGGUGACCCUGUUGAAGAUAAGCAAGCUUUGCUUGAUUUUCUUCACAAUGUUUCUCAUACACGCCCUCUAAAUUGGAGUGAAAACUCAUCUGUAUGCGGAAACUGGACUGCAGUGAUCUGCAACAAAGAUGAGUCCAGAAUCAUAGAGCUUCAUUUGCCUGGAGCUGGCUUACGUGGUCCAAUUCCUCCCAACACUCUCAGCCGUCUGUCUUCUCUUUCUGUUCUGAGUCUCAGAUUGAAUAGCUUAACAGGUCCAUUCCCUUCUGAUUUUGCUAAACUUGGGAAGUUAACCUCCCUUUAUCUUCAGUCCAACAAGUUCUCAGGGCCAUUGCCUUUGGACUUUUCGGUUUGGAAGAAUCUCACUGUCCUGAAUCUCUCCAACAAUGCAUUUAGUGGGAGCAUCCCUUCUUCGAUUUCCAACUUGACUCAUUUGACAUAUCUGAGUCUAGCUAACAACUCACUUUCGGGUGAAGUUCCUGACCUCAAUGUUCCUAGUUUGCAGCAGCUUGAUCUAGCAAACAAUAAUCUCACAGGCAGUGUGCCUAGGUCUCUUGAAAGGUUCCCAAGUUCUGCCUUUUCGGGUAACAAUCUUUUAUCACUAGCCCUUCCCCCGGCUCUUCCUGUUCAACCACCUAGUUCUUUUGUACCAAGUAAGCACAAGAAGUUGUCUGAGCCUGCACUUUUGGGUAUCGUGAUUGGCGGGUGUGUGUUGGGGUUUGUUGUUAUUGCCUUUUUCAUGAUCGUUUGCUGCUCCAAGAACUCAGAUGGUGAUCAGAAUGGGCGUGUUGCAAAAGCACAGAAGAAACAAGCAUUUUCGAAGAAGGGAGCUUCAGGGAAUCGAGACAAGGAUAACAGGAUUUCCUUUUUUGAGGGCUCCAAUUUUGCAUUUGAUCUGGAGGACUUACUGAGGGCAUCUGCUGAGAUUCUUGGUAAGGGAACCUUUGGGACAACUUAUAAGGCAGCUUUGGAAGAUGCAAAUACUGUUGUGGUGAAGAGGUUGAAGGAAGUGAGCGCCGGAAAGAAGGAAUUCGAGCAGCAGAUGCAGACUGUUGGAAACAUCAGUCAUGAAAAUGUUGUGGCGCUGAGGGCGUACUAUUACUCUAAGGAUGAGAAGCUUGUUGUGUAUGAUUAUUUCGAGCAGGGAAGCACCUCUGCAAUGUUACAUGUUAAAAGAGGAGAGGGCAGGAUUCCACUUGACUGGGACACCCGACUCAAAAUAGCAGUUGGCGCAGCAAGAGGCAUUGCUCAUAUCCACACACAGAGUGGUGGAAAACUUGUCCAUGGAAACGUAAAGGCCUCGAACGUGUUCCUCAACCCUCAAGGAUAUGGUUGUGUGUCUGAUGUCGGCUUAUCAACACUGAUGAGUCCAAUGCCUCCACUGGCAGUGCGCAAUGGAGGAUAUCGUGCCCCAGAAGUGAUGGACACUCGGAAGUCUACCCCUGCAUCUGAUGUUUAUAGUUUUGGGGUGCUGUUGCUCGAGCUUCUCACCGGAAAAAGCCCAAUACAUACAACAGGCGGCGAAGAGGUUGUUCACUUGGUGAGGUGGGUGAACUCCGUUGUCAGAGAGGAAUGGACAGCAGAAGUGUUUGAUGUGGAGCUACUGAGGUACCCAAACAUUGAGGAGGAAAUGGUCGAAAUGUUACAGAUAGGAAUGUCUUGCGUGGCCAGAGUGCCUGAACAGCGACCAAAAAUGCCGGAUGUUGUGAAGAAUGUAGAAGAAAUUCGUCAAGUGAAUACUGCGACUCCAAUUAAUCAACCAUCUGCAUUAGAAAUAUCUACUCCAGCCAAAAUACCUUCAUCCUCUAAAGCACAAGCACAGGCAGCACAAGUACAAGCACAAGCGCAGGCAGCACAAGCGCAGGCGGCACAAGUACAAGCACAGGCACAAGCAGCACAAGCACAAGUACAAGCACAAACACAAGCAGUAGCUGAUAUAGGGCUCAUAGCAUCAACCUCUCAAGCACAAUCACAAACACAAGCUCAACCCCAAGCACAGGCACAAGCUCAACCACAAGCACAGCCACAGGCACAACCAAAGUAAAAUUCUUUCUUCAGUUAGUAGUUAUGAUUUUAUGAUCUUUAUUAUUUCAAGUGAUAUUCCAUCAGAAUUGGGAAAACUUUCUUUCUCCUAGUAGGAGUUCCUAUGUAUAAAUUGUCUUCUAUGAA